GUGGUAAAUUUUGUUACGAGUUUUGUGCAAGAUGGAACCAUUUGGAUGUGCUCUAUUUGAACUGAAACUGAUCCAGAGGCGAAGAAGGACACGUCAGAAUGUCGUUCAGAUAGAGAAACGUGUAUUUCGUUCACGUACCUUUUUGGAUCAAUUUUCUGAAACCCAGGUGAUAGCCAAAUUCAGAUUAUCCUCUCCCAUGAUAUAUUCCCUGUAUGAUGAAAUACACUUGGCCCUAGAAACACGCACGCGGAGAAGUAAUGCAGUACCAGGUCUUGUGCGUUUUUUGGCAGUACUUCAUUUUCUAGGAAAGGCCUCAUACCAACAUGUCAGUGGUGAGAUUGUUGGCAUCUCACAACCCAGUUUUUCCCGCUGCUUGGUCGAGGUCCUGCAAGCACUGCGACAACUUGCUCCAAAAUACAUUCAUAUGGGCAAGUCACGUGAAGAGCGGGAUCAAAUAAAACGUGGUUUUUUUGACCUAGCAGGAAUGCCCAAUGUCAUUGGGGCAAUAGACUGCACCCAUGUGCCAUUAUGUCCCCCAUCAGAACAGGAGCACAUCUACCGAAACCGUAAGGCUUACCAUUCCCUCAACAUCCAGGUGAUCUGUGAUUCGAACCUCAUAAUCCGUGAUGUUGUCACCGGCUUUCCAGGAUCCUGUCAUGAUGCCCAUAUAUUGCGCCAAUCGGGAAUAUAUGAUACUCUGGACAAGGACUUAGAAAAUAAUGGAUGGCUGCUGGGAGAUGCUGGUUACCCCUGUCUACCAUGGCUCUUAACACCAAUCAACAGGCCAUCCUCUCCUGCAGAAGCAGCUUACAAUGUUGCUCAUACAAAAACAAGAGUGGUGAUCGAAAGAUGCUUUGGUGUCCUAAAGAGCCGUUUCCGAUGCAUGUCCUUGUCUGGUGGAUUCCUACAGUAUUCCCCCAGUAAGGUAGCUGAUAUGUUCCUAGCAUGCAGCAUUCUCCAUAACAUUGCAAGGCAUGGUGGACUACAAGAGGAACUAGACACCACAGUGGAGGAUGACAUGCCCACAAUUCCAGUGGAAAAUGAUCAAAGGGGAAACACAGCAAGAAGUAAACUGAUUACAAACUAUUUUUCAGGUAAUAAACCACCGUAACAUGGUUUUAAUUUUCCAAACAUCAUCAGAAAUGAUCACAAACUUGCAUUAUUAAGUUGAAGAGACAGACAUGCUGUAAAAUGAAUUAUUUGGGCUGAUCUUGUUUAUCAAUGUAAAAUCUUAACCAAUGAUGUUUUUUUUAUUAUUUCAGGUUAACUCAACUCUAAAAACUUUGGAGAACUAUAAUAAAAUUAAGACAAGAGUACAAAAAUUGCAAAAAAAUGAGUCUUUAUUUUGUUUUUGUAUUUUCACUUUGUUGUACUUCUUUUGCAUUUAUUUUUUACAACAUUGAACAAUAACAGUUUCAAACAUGUAAAAUAAAAGUUUCACUUAAAAGUCUUUUACAAAAUCUAAA